AGUUGCAAUACUCAUACGAGUUCUUUACUUUUUGUGUUAAUAAAAUAAAAUGUCUUCAAAAUAUUAGAUACAUUCAAGAAUAUAUCAACUAACAAAUUCCAGUUAUGAGACGUAAAAAUAUUUUGUAGAUAUUUAUAUUCAUUCUUAUUUUUAUAAUAAUUACAUAUAUCACCUACCACUGAGAUGUAUCCAUUUGGUCGAUUUCAUGGUAAAACGAACUUGGAUUUGAUCCAAUAUCUUCAAAAAUCUAAAAUAAUCAAAUCAGAGAAAGUGUUUGAUGUAAUGUGUCAAGUAGAUAGAGGAAAAUAUACUAAUUAUAAAGAUGCUUACAUAGAUGCACCUCAAGUAAUAGGAUUUGGUGCAACUAUAAGUGCACCACACAUGCAUGGGUAUGCUUUAGAGUUUCUUGCAGAGAAAUUGAAAGAAGGAGGUAGAGCUUUAGACAUAGGUUCAGGCUCUGGUUAUUUAACUACAUGCAUGGCAUUGAUGGUUGGAUCAAGUGGUAUAGCAGUAGGCAUUGAACAUAUUGCACAUCUUCAGGAAAUAGCAAGGAAAAAUAUUGAAAAUGAUCAUCCUCAACUUUUGAAAAAUGGGCAGAUUCAAUUGAUUGUUGGAGAUGGCAGACUGGGUUACCUUCCAAAGGCACCUUACGAUGCUAUUCAUAUUGGUGCUGCAACUCCUGAAAUAACGGAAACACUUAUCAACCAGUUAGCUCUUGGAGGACGAAUGAUUGUUCCCGUAGGAAAAGAAAAUGCUGAUCAAACAUUGUAUCAAAUAGAUAAGACUACAGAUGGUGAAAUUAUACAAAAAUCAUUAAUGGGCGUUGUUUAUGUGCCUUUAACUGAUAAAGAAAAACAAUUCAAAUCAUGAAAUUUGUGCACAGUCCAGUAAUUUUAAUAAUUUUUCCAAUUAAUUACUAAUAAUAAUAUAAUAUUGUUUUUAAAUACACACCAAGUUUUCUGGGAGUUAAAUUUUGUAUAGUUAAAGAAAUUUCUUUUUCCAUUUUGUACAUAAAAUUUCUUAUAUUUAUAGAGCUUUAGUUUUAAGACUAAUUUAUUUAUCAUCAUUAAUAAAUUUGACAAAACUGAAUUUUCAGAACAUUUAUUUUAAUCAGUUUAAAUUUUAUAUAUUUCUAUGUUCUGUGUGAAAUAAGACUAUUAAAUAUAUAAAAAAAUUCAAAACUAGUUAUUAAUCUUAGUAAUAUAUUACAUUAUAUGUACUUUUCUAGUAAACAUAAUAAAAAUAUAAUACUGCUAAAUUAAAAUUAAUAUUUUUAAACAUUUAUGAUAUCACUAUACCAUAUCAAAUUACUUAAGUAACAGAGUAUAAGUCGUGAAUUAGAAAUCACAAAAAUAAAAAUUUACUAAUUUUAAUAUUUAUAGCUAUAAUUAAGAAGUAUGAUUUGCUUUGUACCAAAUCUCACGUGGACUACAAUUUUUAAAAGGUUUUGAUUCAUGUAUUUAAAAUUUUUUAAAAUAUUUUAAAUAUUCUUUAAAUUUAUAAU